UUCUCAGUUCCCAUCCCAUAUCACAUCCCACAUCGUCACUUCCGCUGUGCACUUGUAUAACCUCAUCUCUCGUGUUCUUGAGAAGAAAAUAAUCUCAUCUCUCGUGUUCUUAAGAAGAAAAAUGGCUCACACAAACGCCCAGAGGCGACAGAGGCUUCCCGUCUCCUCCUCGGACACCGGGGUCGAUAAUCGCGGCGGCGGCGGCGACGACCACUCUGGCCUCCCCUGCUCGAUCCCCCUCGCUUUCCUUACCAUCAACAGUGUCAACACCAUCUACCGAGCCUCCGUCAACGGGGACACCCCCAUGGUCGUCUUCAUCGUCUUCGUGUACCUCGCCUACCUCCUGCUCGACUACUGCCUGACCGAGCUGAAUAGGUCGCCCCCAACUGACAGGGGGCCGCGUCGCACGGCGCUCAAGCUCGUCGCCUGGAUCUUCACCACCGCGAUCGGGUUCGGCUUCGCCUACCACUUCUCGCAGCUCACGGGCGCGUGUAUGGCCGUGGCCUUCCACGCCCUCGCCGCCGCCACCAGCGGGGUGGUUUUCUACACCUACUUCUAUUGCGACCACGGGGAUUGCGGCCGCGGAAAUGGGUGUAAGGUCGAGAAGAUUGAUGUCAAGUUCGUGUUCGGCAGGGCAAAGACGGCGAGUGCCGCCGCGAAGAGCGCCGGAGAUGUGCCUGAUGCGGCGGAAAACGUCUGAUUUGUGCCAUCGUCUUGAGCUAAGGUUUUCACUUCCCUGAGAUUCAUUGGUGUACGAGUCCAAUUCCAAAGGAGAUCGUAGGAGCUUUGGGAAGUUUUCGCUCUCAUAAGUGUCAAAUCUAUACUUGUUCAACCAUAUUUCUUUAAACAACGAUGGUGUUGGAAAUGUCGAACCUAGCGU